GAGCACAGCAGCCGAAUAGAAGUCAAUCCCGGCGAGCUCUUCCAUUUUCUACUGGUAUUCGGAACAGGAACCAGCCAGCAACCUGUGCGCUGUAUCAGCCAACCAGGAUAAGCAGUGUUUGAUUUGCGAGUCAAGAAAUACAGGUGGAAAUCCGAGUAAGCGAGCAACGAACGUCACAGGGGCCUUUGCUGACGUACCGCAAAAAUUAACAGUAGCAGCAGAGAUGAGCGUAAAAAGGAGGAUCAACUUAGCAGAAGAAGAUGGAUGUAAUCAGCGAUGUGGGGAAGCGUAUCAUGGACGAUUGUGUCCAUUUGGUUUCUUCGAAUCACAGACGCGGCAAGUGUUUUGGAGACUACAAGCUUGAUUGCAGCAGCUUCAGUGCUGGGCAUUGCUCCAGGGACAUGGAACUUCUCCACGGAUCCGUGUGUAGGGGGAUGGACAGGUGUAGGCUGCUGCAGGAACAACUCACGGGCUCUGUGCUGCGCAUUCCCGCAAAUCUAUCCAGCGACACCACCGCUGACACCGUGCGAGCGGACAGCAGACGCUCAAGUCUCGGCUUUGAUCCUCCGGUCUGAUCUCUUCGGCAACCAGCUCCUCAACGGAACACUUCCGGAAGCUCUGUGCAACCUUACGUCUCUGAGGAUUCUGGACCUGGGCUUCCAACGUCUGCGUGGACAAGUUCCAGGAUGCAUUGGCAGCAGAUUGAGCAGCCUGCAAAUCCUCCGUAUGGGUGAGAACAGAUUCAGUGGCAGCAUUCCCGAAGAGCUAGGCGAAUUGAGAAGUCUUCAGCAGCUUUUUUUGGAUACAACAAAUAUCUCGGGUCCCAUUCCUGCGUCUCUGGGAAGGCUGAGCAACCUCACCAGUCUCAACCUCUGGAACAAUGCGCUUGAAGGUGAUCUUCCCGAGGAGAUCGGCCAGCUGAGUAACUUAGUCGCGCUCUCGCUUCAGGGAAACAGGCUUACUGGACGUAUUCCUGACAGCUAUGGCAACCUUGCCAACUUGCGAACCUUGAGGCUUUUCAACAAUGAGCUCUCUGGAGGUAUCAGCUCGUCGGUCUUCCAAGGCAUGACUUCUCUCACGUAUGUGAGCUUGAGACACAACAGGUUCAGCGGUCCUAUCCCGGAUUUUGGCGUCGGGUUCAGCUUGAGCACGGUCGACUUGGGAUUCAAUGAAUUCUCGGGGCCACUGCCGGGUUCUCUUGGAGGUCUUUCUUCCUUGACAAGCUUGUUCAUCGAUCACAACAGGCUCAAUGGCAGUAUUCCGGACAGCUUUGGUUCUUUACCUGCGUUGGCUCAACUGGAUAUCUCACACAACAUGCUCACCGGGUCCUUACAGUCUCUAGGAGGGAACACUCAGCUCACACAGUUAGAUGUUUCCUUCAACUUUUUCAACAUCUCUAGCGCUCCAGCAUCCGUCCCGCAGCAGCCAAACCUCAACGCUUACUUCAACUGCGUCCCUUCCGGUUCUUCUGGCACUUGCUCCAGCUCGCCUCCCGGUGGAAGGCCUUUCUUCGCUGUCAAUGCCGGUGGCAAUGCUUUAAGCAGCACUACAGGCAGCAGGGUCCAGGUAGCAUUCGAUUCGGACGCAAAUUCAAACAAUCAGAGCGUGGGAUUUUUCUAUGGAUCAGGACCAGGUUUAUGGGCUUUAGAAGUUUCGGGCAGUGAAGGUGGUCCACUUGCGUUCGAAGGCUUCAUCAAUGUGACCGGUGCUGGGGGUACGGAGGAGGGGCUCUACCGAAGCAUGCGUUGGUCUUCCUCUUACAUCGCAUAUCACGGUUAUUCUCUAAGACCAGGGAACUAUACAGUGAUGCUCUACUUUGCCGAGCUUGUGUUCACGGAGCCGGGAUACAGGAUCUUCGACGUUGUCCUCCAAGGAAGAGUUGUGUGGGAGAACCUGGACAUUGCUAGAGAAGCUGGAGCUCGAGCAGCGUACGUGAUGAGUCGUAACAUCACCAUUAACAACAGUGGCAGCGUUUCGGUCGAGCUGGUUUACAAGGGUCGAGACAGAUUCUCAUUAAAUCUCGGUCCCUGGGCAGUGAGAAACCCCGGCCCGAUUGUCUCGGCAAUCUCAGUCGUUUCAGUCGACUACAGGGGCGAGGGAGGGAACUCGGCAUCUUUGAGCUCGGGCCAGAUAGCCGGAACAGCACUUGGAAGUGGAGCAGCCUUGCUCAUUCUCGUAGCGUUGCUAGUGUAUAUAUGCAAAGGCAAGCGUGCUGGGGUAGCAGCUUCGACUACAACGAAUGGUCCUACAAACCAGCAAGCCUCUCUCCUGGAUGCUGGGGGCAUUUUCACAUACCAAAAGCUCCAUGACGCUACAGGAGGCUUCAGUGAUAAGCUCGGAGAAGGAGGAUUUGGAGCUGUGUACAAGGGGACACUCCCAAACGGGACUGUUAUCGCUGUGAAACAGCUCGUCAAGCACUCUCAACAGGUUGAGGAGGAUUUCAAGCGAGAAAUUUCCAUCAUCAGCAAAGUCCGCCACCGGAACUUGCUGGCAGUGAUUGGCUACUCUCUUGAGUCGGACGUCCCGAUGCUCGUCUGCGAGUUUAUUCCCAAUGGGAGCUUGGAUAAGUGGCUAUUUCGUCUGCGUGAGAGUGCUUUGAGCUGGGAGGCUAGAAGAGCGAUCGCGAUCGGAGUUUCUUGUGGGCUUGCCUACUUGCAUGACGAGUCCAACCUGAGGAUCAUACACUGCGAUGUGAAGCCCGCCAACAUCCUUCUCGACGAGGAUUUCAAUCCCCGGCUCGCAGACUUUGGACUGGCAAGGCUGUACGACGAGAGGGAGUCUCAUGUCACAGCGACGAGAUUGAAAGGCACGGCAGGCUAUCUAGCACCAGAAUACGCCAUGCAACUCCAGCUCUCGGACAAAGUUGACGUAUACAGCUUUGGGGUGGUGUUGCUGGAGCUCUUGAGCGGGAGGCGCGCUGUGGAGCUCUCGGCUCCCUCGGAACAGAUCGUUCUUGUGGACUGGGCUCACAAGGAGGCCGAGAUCCCAGCGAACUUGCUGGACAUCGUGGACAGGAAGCUCCAGGGGGGCUUUGUGGAGCAGGAGGCCAGGGACAUGGCCAGCAUCGCCAUCCUUUGCACGCAACGCUCGCCGGCGCUGCGUCCAAAGAUGCAGGCAGUGUGGCUCAUGCUCACGGGCGCGGUCAAGGUUCCAGAGUUCUUGGAGAACUUGACGGCAGUCAUCCCUUCUUCUUCCGGAGGAUCGACGAGCCAGACCUUGAGUUCUGGGAACUUGUCGGAGACGUCAAUCGCGGCAUUUAGAUCUUUGCGAGUCUUUGGGAGGGUUGCGAGUCCGGAGAGCUUUUCUUCCUCGAAGGCCGUGACACAGUAGAGGCUACAAGCUAAGGGUUUAGCCCUCGAUAGAAGUCCAUGGAUCAAGCAGGAAGUGUUAUUUCUCACGCCAGUUUCCAUGAGAAGCGAUUGAUUGGAUGGUACAA